CAGCAUCAUAGCCAGCAACUCAAUUAAAAAAUUACAAUUGCUGUGUUGAAAAUAGGAAUUACAGGAAAAACGUGAUUGGAAAAUUGUACAGAUAAAUAAGCAAACAACGAACAAAUAAAAAUACAAUAAACUACAACGGAAAAUUUAUUAACGAUAUAUAUAUAGAUUAAAAUAAACAAAAACAAAAAAAUAGUAUACAAAAAAACUUACUUAAACAAAUACAAAUAAAUAAAAUAACAAAAUUUCUCCCAAUAUCAAAAGAUAAAACCAGCAGCCAUUUAAUAUGAUGGCCAAGGAAAAUUUAAAGCUAAACCAACAGCACACACAAAUUGCCAACAAGACACAGCAGCAAUUGCAACAAAACUUUACAAAUAUUUAUGCAGCACCCACUUGUGAAUGCCUGAGAACUAGAAACAUGUGUAAGGCUCAGAUGGAGCAUAAGGACAAGCAGGAAAAUCAGCAAAACUGUAGGGUGAGAAAAAGAAGAAAACAUAAAACUUCCAACAUGUCCCUCGCCCUCUGUAAAACCACCUCUCAUCCUGCUUUCUACUACUAUUCCGCCUCAACAACCCUGGCUUUAUACAGCAAUUUAUUACAGCAUCUAGUUGGCUCCCUGGUGUGGCAUGUAACAGCCUCAACAGCAAUUUCCAUUUUUGCAACACUCUACUAUUUUAUUGCCAAUACACAAGGUGCAUCAGCAGUUUUAGCUGUAACAACAGCAUCAUUGCCAGCCUCAUCAUUAUCCGCCUCGUUAGCAGUAAACUCCCCCUUAGCAACAACAACAUCAUCAUUAUCAUCCUCAGCAGCAUCAACAAAUUUAAGUUUUUAUCCAGCCAACAGCACUACCGCCAACAUUAGCAUUAACAACAUCUAUUCGAGCUCUUUUUUGGAUUUAAACUACAAUAUUAAUUCAACGGAAAUUACUAUUUUGAAUGGUGUUUCCUCUUUACCUACAACUAAAGUUUCCGGUUUUAGCAAUGACAAUAAUAGCAACAGCAGCAACUACAACAACAUAAAUAACAACUACAAUAAUGUUAUCACAGUCUAUUACAACAAUGCCAUUGGUUUAAAUGAUACCUUGGAUGAUAUGUCUGCCGAAGAUGCUUCCGAAUAUAUAUUUGAUCGCACGGAUGUGCGCAUCAUAUUUAUAACACUUUAUACGAUGGUAUUUUGCUGUUGCUUUUUUGGCAAUUUACUUGUCAUCCUGGUGGUAACCUUAUCCCGGCGUCUACGCUCUAUUACCAACUUCUUUUUAGCCAAUUUAGCGCUGGCAGACUUUUGUGUUGGUCUCUUCUGUGUCAUGCAAAAUCUCUCAAUUUAUUUAAUAGACAGCUGGGUUUUUGGUGAAUUCCUGUGUCGCAUGUAUCAAUUUGUACACUCUCUCAGCUAUACGGCAUCCAUAUUUAUUCUGGUGGUGAUUUGCAUGGAACGAUAUUUUGCCAUUGUUCAUCCCAUAACGUGUAAACAGAUUUUAACGGCGGCAAGAUUAAGGAUGGUCAUUUUAACUGUUUGGAUCACCUCAGCUGUAUAUUCCACACCCAAAUUUGUUUUCAGCAAAACCAUUAAAAAUGUGCACACAGAAAGUGGUCGAGAGGAAGAAAUUUGUGUGCUGGAUCGUAAAAUGUUCAAUUCCAAACUACUAGAUAUGAUCAACUUUGGUCUGUUAUAUUGUAUACCACUGCUGGUGAUGACGGUUUUGUAUAGCAAAAUUGCCAUUGCCCUGUGGCGUUCAUCGCGUGGUUUGCAACAUCAUUUGGCCCAGCAAGAAAAUGGCAUGGGUAUGCACAACAGCAUGUAUCAUCAUCACCACAAUCAUAACCACAAUAAUCAACAUAAUCAUUUACACAAUCAUCAUCAACAGCUGUCACAACAGCAGCAGCAACAACAACCACCACCAGCACUGACUGCUCCCCUGGGUACACCCAUCUCGGUUAAUAGUUCAGUUGUUAGUGGUUCAACAUUGUCACGUAAGCAGAGUUGUAAAUAUGAUGGCAAACGUGGAGUCAAUAUCUCAGAAAGUCAGCAUGAUAGUUACAAGGUCUCUCUAGAUGCCGACCGUCCUGUGGUGUCAACGUGCCGUAAGACAAGCUUUUAUCAACAUUCCCAUAAUCAUUUAACACAUCAACAGCAGCCACAACCCGCAGCAUCAGCAAAUCAUCAUCACCGGCCUCAUGCCCAGCAUCAUGGUCUCCAUGGCAGCCAACGUGUUUCGCACAUUUCCCAUUCGUCGAAUAAUGUUUUACGCGCCAGACGGGGUGUUGUAAGGAUGUUGAUUAUAUUCGUCUUAACAUUUGCUCUGUGUAAUCUGCCGUAUCAUGCCAGGAAAAUGUGGCAAUACUGGUCACGUUCAUAUCGUGGUGACUCGAAUUUUAAUGCCUUAUUUACACCGUUAACAUUUUUGGUGACAUAUUUCAAUUCUGGCAUAAAUCCCUUGCUGUAUGCCUUCUUAAGUCGCAACUUCCGCAAGGGCAUGAGAGAGCUGUUAAUGUGUUCAUGGCGUAAAAGUAAAACAAAAUCCUCCACCAACUCAUCCAUGCACCACAAACGUAUGACACUGCAGACUCACUCCUUGCCCACGGACACCACACACAUUGGCAAUGAACAACUAUGAUGGCCCUUCCUACGUUUACACUGGCAUCUAUUUGGCAAACGUUUG